AUGGUAAGUAGAAAGCAAUUCAAACAUUCCGGGGAAUUAAUUAGGGAUGAUCUUAAAGAAAGUUUAAUUACCAAAUUAAAAAUGAAAGAGGAAAACAAGAAGAGACAGAGUAAGAAAUACAGAUAUCAAAGAGAAUGCGGGAUAAAAGACAUUGUGAGAUGGGGAAGACAACGUAAGAGGCAGUGGUACAACCAUGUAAGACGGAUGGACGAGAACAGACUUCCGAGAAUAGUCCUAGAAAAUAACUCGCCCGGCUCAAGGCCUCCCGGGAGACCACCUAAAAGGUGGAAAGAUAGUUGGCAAUCCACCUCUCAGGAAAAGAUGCAGAGGCAGCUUCAGAAUUAA